UUAGUAAACCCGUCCCACACCACGGGAAAGAUGACUGUUUCACCGUUUUAUUAGUCAGUGUUAAUACACGGACCAACCGUACCCGUUUUUAUUCUAAAGGAAACUAAUGAAUUACUCUGUGGAAUACAACUGUUUGGAAGAACGCCUUACUCAUCUUGUUUCUUCUUUUGGUUGAGAGGGAAGAGCUCACAGGGUUGUCGGGCCAGUGGGUCGUCAGGAGUUGGAACAACGUCGAGCUUCUCGUACUACUUUGCAUUAAAAUAAAGUCUUGUUUAGGCAGAUUUCAGAUGUCGGGACACGUCUAGGUUAACCUCUCAUUAUUAUUUUAGGGCUUAACAAUGACCCGUGAUGUGCGAAAGACCUAUUUUCUGGACUGGCCAAAGCAGCCAAAGGCUAAGCUAGGUUUUGAUCCUAACUAUUAUGAAAGCUACAUUCUGUGUUGACCAGACGGAUAUUUAUAACUAGUUAAUGGGACAACUUUGUUAUUCCUAACAUUUUAACGCCUAUGCUACAGUAAACUAUUGGAGGAAACCGACACUACUUACACGUUUUAAAGUGAAUUCUUUUGUCAACUUUACAACUGAAUGACCCGGGAUUCAGUAUGUCAUUUUUUAAUUUCCGUAAAAUAUUCAAAUUGGGAGCUGAGAAGAAGAAGAAACAGUAUGAACAUGUGCGCAGAGAUGAAAAUCCAGAGGAAAUAUGGGACAUAAUUGGUGAACUGGGAGAUGGAGCCUUUGGAAAAGUGUUCAAGGCCCAGAACAAACAGACGGGCAUCCUCGCUGCAGCCAAAGUUAUUGACACAAAGAGCGAGGAGGAGCUGGAGGACUACAUGGUGGAGAUUGACAUCCUGGCCUCCUGUGACCACCAAAACAUUGUCAAACUGCUUGAUGCUUUCUAUUAUGAGAGCAAACUCUGGAUCCUCAUCGAGUUCUGUGCAGGAGGGGCUGUGGAUGCUGUCAUGCUCGAACUGGAGAGAUCCCUGACAGAGCCUCAGAUCAGGGUGGUGUGUAGGCAGACUCUGCAGGCCCUUGUCUACCUCCAUGACAGCAAAAUCAUCCACAGAGACCUGAAGGCCGGAAACAUCCUCCUCACGCUGGAUGGUGAUGUGAAGCUGGCUGACUUUGGCGUGUCUGCCAAAAACACCAAAACGCUGCAGAGGAGAGACUCUUUCAUUGGAACGCCUUACUGGAUGGCUCCUGAGGUGGUGAUGUGCGAGACGUCCAAGGACCGCCCAUAUGACUAUAAGGCCGAUAUCUGGUCCCUCGGGGUCACCUUGAUUGAGCUUGCACAGAUUGAGCCGCCAAAUCAUGAGAUGAACCCCAUGAGAGUCCUGCUGAAAAUAGCCAAGUCCGAUCCUCCUACCCUGAUGCAGCCGUCACGCUGGUCCCCAGAAUUCAGUGACUUCCUAAAGCGGUGUCUGGACAAGAAUGUGGACAACAGGUGGAAUGCAACACAACUUCUUCAGCAUUCGUUUGUGUCCAGUGUGACAGACAACAAGCCACUGAGGGAGCUCAUAGCUGAGGCGAAGGCUGAGGUCACUGAAGAGAUUGAAGAGCACAAAGAGGAAGAAGAGGAGGAAGAAACAGAAGCACAUCUGGGCCACAAACGCGCUCCAUCCGAUGUCAGCGUUGCCAGCUCAGAAGAUGAGAAAAUCCCCCUCUCUCCGUCCAUCCUGGAAUCUGUCCCUGAGAAGGUUGAGCCAAUUCUACCUGUGCCAACACCCACUGAUCUCACUGUGGCCAACCAUGUGGACGCUAGCUUUGUGGAGGAGCCUGCUGCCCCUGCAGCAGAAGAGCGUGCAGAGGAGGUUUCAGACACUCCAGCUGAGGAUGGAGAGGUAGAACAGAAACCUGUGGAGGAAAAGCUUCCAGAAGCAGGAGUAGACGUUUCCUCACCGGAGAAGGAGACUGAAACAGAGGCACCUGUAAAGGAAAUGCAGCAGCUGGACGUAGCUGUUGAGGAUGAAAAGGAAGUGGACACAGCCGAGGUUCCUGCCAUUGAAGAAGCCGGCACAGAGAGCUUAGAGGUCACUGAGGCUCCUCAGGAGGAAAAGAUGGCUGUUGUGGAGGAGUCAAACACACCAGUGAAGGAGGAGGAGGACGAGGACCAGUACAAACACCUAAAGGUGACACUGACACUACCAGAGCAAGAUAAAGAUGUCCCAAAAGAGGAGAAUGGAGAGAAGCCCACAGAAAAGGAUGAAAUAAACGCAGAAGAUGAGAAGAAAGUUCCAGACAAAGCUAAGGAUGACAAAGAGAGAGAUUCAGACUCGGGGAGUGGCUCGGCUGCAGACAACAGCAGCGUAGACCUGAAUCUGUCUAUCUCAAGCUUUCUGUCCAAAACAAAAGGGCCUGGAUCUGUGUCCAUACAGGACACCAAGCGUCAGAAGAAGACAUUGAAAAAGACUCGCAAAUUCAUUGUGGAUGGAGUGGAAGUUAGUGUGACUACAUCAAAGAUCAUCACCGACAAUGACACCAAGAACGAGGAGAUGAGAUUCCUGAGGCGCCAGGAGCUGAGGGAGCUGCGUCUCUUACAGAAGGAGGAGCAGAGGGCCCAGCAGCAGCUCAGCAACAAGCUCCAACAGCAAAAGGAACAGAUCUACCGCCGCUUUGAACAGGAAACCACAAGUAAGAAGCGUCAGUAUGACCAGGAGGUGGAGAACCUGGAGCGGCAGCAGAAGCAGACGAUCGAGAGGCUGGAGCAGGAGCACACCAACCGGCUCAGGGACGAGGCCAAGCGCAUCAAAGCCGAGCAGGACAAAGAGCUGUCCAAGUACCAGAACAUGCUGAAAAACCGCAAGAAAGAGGAACAAGAGUUUCUUCAGAAGCAGCAGCAGGAUCUGGACAGCGCUCUGAAGAAGAUAAUCCAGCAACACAAACACGAGCUGGCCACCAUCGAGAGAGACUGCCUCAACCACAAGCAGCAGCUUCUCCGGGCACGGGAGGCUGCUAUGUGGGAGCUGGAAGAGCGCCAUCUGCAGGAGAAACACCAGUUGUUCAAACAGCAGCUCAAAGACCAGUACUUCAUGCAGAGACACCAGCUGCUCAAGAGACACGAGAAGGAGAUGGAGCAGAUGCAGCGCUACAACCAGCGUCUGAUCGAGGAGAUGAAGAACAAGCAGACGCAGGAGAGAGCCAGAUUACCCAAGAUCCAGCGCAGUGAGGCCAAGACCCGCAUGGCCAUGUUUAAGAAGAGCCUUCGCAUCACUGGAGCCGCCAUCACCCCCGAGCAGGAGCGAGAGAAGGUCAAACAGUUUGCAGCUCAGGAAGAGAAGAGACAGAAGAACGAGAGGCUCCACCAGCACCAGAAACAUGAAAACCAGAUGAGAGACCUGCAGCUACAGUGUGACACCAACAUCCGAGAGCUGCAGCAGCUGCAGAAUGAGAAGUGCCACCUGUUGAUCGAACAUGAGACCCAGAAACUGAAGGAGCUGGAUGAGGAGCACAGCCUGGAGCUGAAGGAGUGGAGGGAGAAGCUACGACCCAGGAAGAAGGCCCUGGAGGAAGAGUUUGCCAGGAAGCUGCAGGAACAGGAAGUGUUCUUCAAGAUGAGUGGAGAGUCAGAGUGCCUUAACCCCUCCAACCAGAGCCGCAUCUCCAAGUUCUACCCGAUCCCCAGCGUCCACUCCACCGGUUUCUAGUCCACACACAGUCAUGAACACAGUGAGGACUGAACCUGUGCUGCCUUGGCCUCGUCCCCUGUCAACUGUCAGACAGUGGAAGCGUGUAAAGCUGUUAUCUGGCUCUAGACGUAGUUCCUCAGUGUACAUACUGCUCUGCUCUGCUCUGCCAGACUUACUCUGCCCAUUCUGUCAUAUUUCCACACUAUUACCAUCAUUUUGAAGGAGAAUCAUGAAGGAGAAUUUCAGAUGUAGGGCUUCGGUCAUCACCUCAGAACCGCUCGUGAAGUCGUUCUCUGUCCAACCUUCUUUUGUGAUUGAAUUAUUUUUUUGUAAAGAAUCCAGUGCCUGUAGAAUUCGAUAUUUUUGGCUUUUCGAUCCAAGCAGUUUCUGAUCAUUAUUUGCUGCUCAAUUUUCUCUGAUUUAGACUUUUGCACUAAGGAAAGGAUUUUUUAUACCGCCUCAUUUAGUUCAAGAUUGAAUAGCAACCUUAUCAUUUAUAAUUGAUCAUCAAAGAGAAUGUAUUUCUGAUAAAGAAGACAGAGCACACUUUUAAUAUCACUCUGGGAGGAAUGGUGAUACAGUAUAUUUUUUAUGAAAUCGUACCUGUCUGUCUGUGUUAGAGUGAUAGGUUGUGAUACAUUGGGGGUUGAAAUAACCCUUCUUAUGCAUUAUUUCAAUGCAAGGUGUAGGAACUUUUUCCAGCAGCAAUGAUUCCUUCGUUCAGGGUUUUCCUUCAGAAUGCCUUCCUGUUUCAAGCACUUCAGACUUGAGACGACUGCGUAGCAACAAGCAGUACAUGGUGUAAACCAUUAGUUACUCUGUUAUAGAUAGAGGAGGUGUGGAGAUGGUGUUUACAUUCAGAGACAAAGCAUCACUGUUUAUUAGACACUAAGGAGAUCACAGUGAUAGCUGUCGAACAAGCAUUUAUAUUAUGUCUGUCUUUUUUUUUUUUUUUUUUUUUAAGGUGACACCACUUUAUUAUUAUCAAGCAAAAGUUAUGUAUCUAUAGGAGCAAGUUCUUCAGGGAUGAAUAAAGAAUGCAAUUUAUCAUUGAUGUCCAUCAGUUCUGUCACAUUUCUAGCAUUUUGAGGAGUUUCUGAGGCCCAUGUGUCACUAAACUCACGGAGCGAGUUCAAACUGCAAACAGCUUUCAGCUCAGCUGAAUCACACAGAAAUGUCCCGACCUGCAGCUGCAGUCACAGCUCAUCAUGAUGCAUCCUUUGUAUUCGCUUCGGUUUUCUUCAGAUGCCUCCUCAUGAGCUACUUUGCCACCAGGUGUAUUAUGGGUAGGCCCGCAUGGCUGUUGUUUCUUGUUUUUAUUGAAAUGAUAAUACUGUUUUCAUGGACAUGCUAGCUAAUAGCCUUAACCCUUCAGAGGUGAAUGACCUGUAAUGACCUUUAAAGACUUUGGUCAGACUCUCGGUUUUAUGAAGCAUAUUAACAAUUUCAGAAUAAUUAACUUCAAACAAACAAAAACAGAACAUGGGCAUUUGGCAAAUGUGUUUUUUUUUUUUUUUAUUUAGGCUGAUGUUUUAUGAAUGAUGCUAAGGCAGUGUAAUAUUUGAGGCAGUUGGUGCAUGACGUGGACCUGACUGGUUUAGGCCAUCUUGACUUCUGAUUGGUUCAUUUCAUCAUCUCAUUUUCUGUACGAUUGGCUUUAAAGUUAGUCCAGUGUAUUUAAAAAUUGAGCUGUUAUGUACAAAAACAUAAUGAAGGAGUGCUGUGCACCAUUUGCAAAACUUUCUCAAUAGCUAUUUAUGUGAAAACCCACACUGCAGCACCUGUGCUUUAGCUUAUGUUCUCCACCUACUGGAGGUUUGCAGCGUACAAAAAUAUAAUUACAAAUCCAGUCCUGUCAGUUGUUGUUGUUGUUGUUUGUCAGCUAGAUUCUCUAAACUGUAAACUGAUUCAAUUCUGAAUGUCGACUGAAAAAAAAAAAAGUGAUCCAUAUCAAAAUCAUUAUGCAUUUUUAAAAAAAAAAAAAGUAUAGUUUUUAGAUUGUCUGUGUAAUGUAGAUUUUCAUUUUGCUGUAAAUAAACCGUUUCCUCUCUACUACA